GAAAAACGGAAAAAAAAAAUUAAAAAAAGUUGAGGUAGCCAUAUUGACGGCUACGAGAGGGGAGGAUCUCUUCUGGGCCAACGGUCGUAGCGCCGAUUUCAGCAGUGCGUUAAAAGUGGUCACCCCAAUAGAGUGGUUUUCACGUCAACGCAACAGGUUUUCCGUGCGUGCUGUCCGCGCGAGCGUGAGUUUGCAGAAGAAGAGCCCGGCUUUCGACUCUCCAAACAAGAGGCAGACGUCGACGAGAACAAGCAGCAAAAAACCAAGAGCAAACAACAUCAUCCAACAUGCCGAAAUCGGUCAAUGUUCGGGUGACGACGAUGGACGCCGAGCUGGAAUUUGCCAUCCAGCCGACGACAACGGGCAAACAGCUGUUUGACCAAGUUGUCAAGACAAUCGGUCUCCGCGAAAUCUGGUUUUUCGGACUCCAGUACACAGACAGCAAGAGUUACUCUACGUGGCUAAAGCUCAACAAGAAGCCCAACGAUUAUGUCAAGGAUAUAUGCAGGUUUAUCUUGGGCAGAGGUUACUGCCAAGAUCAGGUGCUGAAUCAAGAUGUCAAGAAAGAGAGUCCGUUGCAAUUCAAAUUUCGGGCCAAAUUCUACCCGGAAGAUGUGGCGGAAGAAUUGAUUCAAGACAUCACCGUGAGGCUGUUUUACCUGCAGGUCAAGAAUGCUAUCUUGACCGACGACAUUUAUUGCCCACCCGAGACGUCCGUUCUACUCGCUUCGUACGCCGUUCAAGCCAAAUAUGGCGAUCACGAUAAGGAACUGCACGCUUCCGGUUACCUGGCCAACGACCGCCUCCUUCCGCAACGAGUCAUGGAUCAACAUAAUCUGACGCGGGAACAGUGGGAGGAACGCAUCUCCACCUGGCAUGCCGAGCACGGAGGAAUGCUAAGAGAGGAUGCCAUGAUGGAAUAUCUAAAAGUGGCCCAGGAUUUGGAAAUGUACGGUGUCAAUUAUUUCGAAAUCAAGAACAAGAAGGGCACUCAGCUCUGGCUCGGCGUUGACGCUCUCGGACUCAACAUCUACGAAAAGGAUGACAAAUUGACUCCGAAGAUUGGUUUCCCCUGGUCGGAGAUUCGCAACAUCUCGUUCAAUGAUCGCAAAUUUGUCAUUAAACCCAUCGACAAGAAGGCGCCGGAUUUCGUGUUUUUCGCUCCGCGUUUGCGCAUCAACAAGCGCAUCUUGGCCUUGUGUAUGGGCAAUCACGAGUUGUACAUGCGCCGACGCAAGCCCGACACGAUUGAAGUGCAACAGAUGAAGGCCCAGGCGCAAGAGGAGCGCCGAUCCAAGAUGAAGGAGCGCGAGAAGUUGCAGCGCGAAAUUCAAGCCCGCGAAAUGGCGGAGCGCAAACAACAAGAAUACGCCGACAGGCUCAAGUCGAUGCAAGAAGAAAUGGAACGCCGGCAACGCGAACUGCUCGAAGCGCAGGAGACGAUCCGUCGCCUCGAGGAACAGCUUCGUCAAUUGCAAAAGGCCAAGGAAGAGCUUGAAGUGUCGCAAAAGGAGUUGCACAACAUGAUGAAGAGGCUAGAAGAGGCCAAAGAAAUGGAAAUGGCCGAGAAAUUGAAGCUGGAAGAAGAGAUCCGCGCCAAACAGGUCGAGGUCCAGCGCAUCGCCGAGGAAGUUCAGCGCAAGGAUGACGAAACGCGUCGUCUGCAAGAAGAGGUGGAAGAAGCCAGGAGGAGGCAAGAGGAGGCGGCCGCGGCUUUGAUUGCUGCAACGACCACCCCACAGCAUCAACACGUCAACGAAGGCGAUCACGACGAAGGGGAGGAUGAGGAAGAUGAAACUCCGAACGGUGACAUCAGCGCUGGCAAUGACUUGAUAUCAGAGAGCGACAUCAACUCGAUCCGCGAUCCGGUUGAAGACCGCCUCACUCUGGCCGAAAAGAACGAACGUCUCCAGAAUCAGUUGAAGAUGUUGAAGAAAGAUUUAGCGGGCACGAAGGACGAGACCAAAGAGACGGCCAUGGACAGGUUGCAUAAAGAGAAUGUCAAGCAGGGUCGCGACAAGUACAAGACGCUGCGGGAGAUCCGCAAAGGCAACACCAAACGGCGUGUCGAUCAGUUUGAAAACAUGUAAAACUCUUCGGCUAAAAACAAAAGAAAAAAAACGGCAUGCCACACACCACAGGCCGAAUGUGUUUGUCUCGUCUUGUUGUUGAAUUUUUUUUUUUUUCUUUGUGGGUUUGUUUAUUCGUUUUCUUAUUUCCACGCCUUUUUUUUUUUCUUUUUCUUCUUCUUCUUCUUCUCCCGGGUUUGAGAAGAGAGUGCUUUUCUUAUAAAUUCAUCCCCGGCGCAAAUGGAUGGGACUAGACAACAAAACAAAACAAAAACGAAGGGGGUCAACCAAAAGGGGAGACAAACGAUUCCGGAGAAAAAAGCUUCCAUGUAGGUUUUGUUUACACAAAAAAAAACAAACAGCUCUUUUCGAAAAAAGGCUCUGGGUGCCAGCGCUAUCCCCUCCCUGCUUAAAAAAUGGAAAAGAAGAAUCACACUGGAGAAGAAAUAGUUGAGAUAGAAGGAGAACGACGAUCAGUUACACAUUCGACCUGGUGUGAACAUAUUAUAUUAUGCCUUAAAACAAUCAAUGAUGUGAAUUUUUCUCUUUUGGUCUUAACUCUACUGUCUCACCUACCCUACACACAUACACACACACACAAUCCAUCAUUUGUUAUCUCUGCUAUUGUUUAUAAUCUGUCAUCAUAUUUUUCUUUCUAGACCUUUUUUUUUUUUUGUUUCCCUUUCUUUACCCUUUUUUUCCCUCUAGAAAAAGAAAAGAGAAGCCUUAAUUCUAAAAGUCUGUCAUGUUGUGCCUGGACGAAUGCAACAAUUGCUUUCCCAAAAAAAAAAAUCGAAAGAAAUAGUGGCUUACUUAAAUCGUAUCUUUUUUUUUUUUCCCCUGCCUUAUUCGAUUAUAAUCAUUUUCUUACAGUUUUUAUUUUUAAAUACUUUGGGGAAAUUGAAUAUCUGGGGCUGAAAGUAAACGAGAAAAA